AUGGCGGAGACCUCGGGCGCGAGCGGGGUUGGAGCGGCUGUCGCUGCAGCGGGGUCGAGCCUGGCAUUCAAUGGCACCAAUUUUGUGGGAAACAGCGCUUCUGGCAACGGGGGCGCCAUUUACGUCUCAGAGAGCUCACACGUGUCCUGUGUGGGGGGCGGAGUCUUUGCCGACAACAGGGCAUCUAUGGACGGCGGGGCCUUGUUCGCGACCGGCACUUCGGUGGUCUCGUGUGGGGGCUCAUGGCUAAACAAUUCCGCUGGGGGCAGCGGCGGCGCCGUGAGAAUUCACCAGGUCUCGGCCAUGUCAUGGACGGACAAAGCGGUUUUCGCCUACAACAUGGCCUCGAAGAACGGCGGUGCCGUGAGUCUCUACAACCAGUCGAGCGUGUCCUGGAGUGGAACAACAACAUUUCGCGGAAACUCUGCGGUUUACAGCGGAGGAGCCAUCAUCGCGGCGAAAUCGAACAUUUCCUGGGACGCCGCUACGCUCUUCGAAUCAAACACUGCCGAUGCGUCCGGUGCAAUUGGUGCGUUUUCUGGCUCCAGCGUGAGCUGGAGCGGAGGUGAUACAACGCGUUUCAUCGGCCAAAGAGCAUCCUCUGCGGGAGGUGCCCUGCAUGUGUCCGACUCGCAAGUGGCGUGGAGUGCGACCACCGAGUUUGAAGACAACGCUGCACUCUCCGGGGGAGCGAUGUUCUUGUGGAACGGGUCUCAUGUGGAGUGGAGUGGAGACACCGAGUUCUCGUCGAACGAAGCAAGCGCCGACGGCGGUGUGGUGGGGUCUUUUGUGUUGGACUCCCUAUACAACCCUCAAGGCUCGUACCUCAUCGUUGGCGGGACAACAAUCUUCUCGAACAACACGUCUGGAGCCAACGGGGGCGCGUUAGCCCUGCUUGGAGGCCUGUCCGUAACUAUCGGCACAGAGAACACGGUCUUUGUUGGGAACACUGCCGCUGUCGCUGGUGGAGCCAUCUUCGUGUCUGGCACCGCUGUUGGUCCGACGUUCGUCAACAUCAGCUUAGUCUCCAACUCGGCUCAGGUUGGCGGCGCAAUAUCGCUUAUCGGUUCUGGAACUUCGUUCAACCCCGAAGACUACACGCCGGCCCCUACGACAUUUGAGCAGUGCCGGUUCACAAGCAAUAGGGCGAUAGCGACGGGUGGAGCUGUGGACACCGCGGCUGGACAGGAUAAGUUUGUCAACAGCGUUUUCGAGGGCAACACGGCGGGGACGGGCGGGGCCCUGAGACUGGCGGGCACGGCCGAGGUGAACAACUGCUCUUUUGUGGAGAACGUUUCAGACGACGGCGGGGGCGCCGCCGUGUCCAACAUCGGCUUCGUUUCAAGCGUCUCGAACCUGUCUUUCAGCCGCAACGUCUACGGCUGCCAAGAGGGCAUGUUCCUGGAGUGCGAGGAGUCGGGGACACUCUAUGAGGCCAUCUGCGAUGGGUGCCCGGUUGAAUGCGAAGGGUGCUCCUUCGAGGAACCGCAGCUGGUACCGAAAUGCUCCGACGCUUUGGAGCACUCCAACAGCUCCGGCGGCACCGUCACUCUCGAUGCACUCGUGAUCGAGCCGGGGUACUGGCGAGCCACCCCAUCCAGCGAAAACGUCCUGGAGUGCUACAACGCAGAUGCGUGCCUCGGAGGUGUGACGGGAUCUGAAAGCUACUGCCUUGAAGGUUACGAAGGGCCAUAUUGUGCCGUUUGCAGCGGCGGGUAUACGGCCCGGCUGGGCAUGGCAUGCAGCAAAUGUUCCGACCGCGCGGGCAGCAUUGCUCUCGGCGUCUCCGUCUCUGUCGCCGGCCUGUUGUUCACCGUCGCGUUGGUCUCGUACGCCGUCUCGGGGGAAAGCGAAGGCAGGGCGCGAGGGGUGGUCGAGCGCACCGGGCGUUUCGUUCCGCUUCAGUCCGUCAAAAUCGUCAUCGUGGCGUGGCAGAUCUUGACACAGUUCACUUCCGUGGCGAACAUCAGAUUCCCGCACGUGUACCAGCGCUUUCUCGAUGCCCUUGAGCUGUUCAACUUCGACCUAGGCUGGGUACUCUCCGCCGGUUGCGUCUUCGACGUCGAUUUCCACGACAGGCUGUUGGUUUCGACGAUCGCGCCUAUCGUGGGCUUGCUUUUUUUGGCCGCGGUUUAUGCCGCGGCGGCCCGGAAUAGUCACCGGUCGUCCGAGGACCUGCAACGCGUCUGGCACAAACACGUGUCGCUGGUGCUCCUGCUGACCUUCUUGGUGUAUGCAAGCGUGAGCGCUGUUCUGUUUCAAACCUUCGCGUGCGAGGAGCUGGACGACCGCAAGAACUACUUGCGGGCAGACUACCGAAUAGAGUGCGACUCCCCAAAGCACAGCGCGUUCCAGGUGUACGCCGGCUUCAUGAUCGUGCUGUACACUGUGGGCAUCCCAGCUCUCUACGGCGGUUUCUUGUUUAGGGAUAGCGAUGUGUUGAGGCGUGAUGAGGCCGACCGAGAACAACUUGCGCGGAUAGCGCCAACCGCGGAUCUAUGGAAGCCGUACAGGCCAUCGGUGUUUUACUACGAGGUGAUCGAGUGCGCACGGCGAGUUCUGCUUGCCGGCGUCGUGGUGUUUAUUUAUCCCAACACAGCCGCGCAGAUUGCAGUGGCGCUCCUGAUCGCGGUAGUCUUCGCGAUGAUUUCGGAAGCCUUAGCUCCGUAUGCGUCGAGAUGGGACACCUGGCUUUGUCGCAUGGGUCAUGCGGUUGUAGCUGUGAGCAUGUACGUUGCCCUUCUGCUGAAGGUGGAUGUGUCGGACGAGCGGGCCAGCAGCCAGAGGGUGUUUGAGUCCCUCCUUGUCGCGGCCCACGUUUGCAUGGUGGGGGUGGUACUGCUCGAGGUGAUCAUGGAGGCGAUUUCGCUGUGGGUUGAAAAGCGAGGACAGCAGCCGGCGUCCUCGAGCUUCCGCCGCGGUCGAGGCAUUUUUCGCCUCAGAGGAAGCGUAUCUAUGUUCACAGAGGCAGAUGACGACCCUUUUUCCGGCAGUAUUUACGAGGUGGAGCGACAGCAAUCCGAAGACCGACGGCGAUUCCGUAGGAGUUCAUCCUCGUCAUCAGCAUUCAGGAAGAAGAAAGUCAAAAUUGCUACUGAAGGAAGUCUGUCUCCUGGAAGCGUCGAUGCGACGGAAACCCCUUCCGUCUUGUUUUGA